UGUUCCGACUCCGAGCCUUCCUUUCUUGGGUACGAAGUUGAAUCUCAGCCACACGAUCCAUCUACCCUCCUCCCCAUCAAACGUAUCAAUCAAUCCCGUUACCACCAUCACCAUCAUCAUCAAUGACGUCUCUCAAUUCCAUUCAAUCCCCACUGCUCUUUCUGCUCGAUCUCCUUAAUAAAUUUUCGGUUCUUAUCUCCACAACAAGAAUAAUAAUAACAAAAUAAAAGAACCCAUAAUUUCCCUCCUCUCUCUCACUCUCCCUACCGAAUCCCUAUACAUACGCAUUUCCAGACCCUGUUUCCUCUCCCCAAACAGAAAGCUCAAAAUCAGCUCCUUCUACUCUGUCAUCUUCCAUUCUUCUCGCAGCAAUUUUCUGCUCUAGCCAUGGCCAGUAACAACGGAGAUGUGAAACUGAUCGGCGCCUGGGCGAGCCCUUACGUAAUGAGGCCUAGAAUCGCUCUCAACGUCAAAUCCGUCGAGUACGAGUUCCUCCAGGAGCAGUUCGGGUCCAAGAGCGAGCUCCUCCUCAAAUCCAACCCUGUCCACAAGAAAAUCCCUGUCCUUCUGCACAACGGCAAACCCAUUUGCGAAUCCAGCAUCAUCGUCGAGUACAUCGACGAGGUAUGGUCCUCCGGCCCUUCCAUCCUCCCUUCCGACCCGUACGAUCGCGCCGUCGCCCGCUUCUGGGCUGCCUACCUCGACGAAAAGUGGUUUCCGAACGUGAGAGGGGCGGCAGCUGCGUCGAGCGAGGAGGCGAAGAACGCGGCGGUGGAUCAGCUGAAGGAAGGCAUGGCGCUGCUGGAGGGAGCGUAUGUGGAGAUCAGCAAAGGGAAGGAUUUCUUCGGCGGGGAGAAGAUUGGGUUUAUCGACAUUGCGUUUGGGAGCAUGUUGGCGUGGUUGAGAGCCCUGCAAGUGAUGCUGGGAGGAGUGAAGCUUCUCGACGAGGAGAAGACGCCUGGUUUGUGCAAAUGGGCUGCCAAAUUCUCGGCCGAUCCUGCUGUGAAGGACGUCCUGCCUGAAACAGAGAAGAUCAUCGAGUUUGCCAAGCUCCUCGUUGCCAAAAUCAAAGCUGCAGCAGCCUCCUCUUAGAAGAUGGAUGUGUGUUUUGGGAGAUUGUUGUUUUGAAGGUCUGUUUUGAAGGUUUGUGUUGUUGUUGUACUUUCAUGUUGAAUCGAGGGAAAUCGGAGCUGUCCAUCCCCUUUAUGUUUUACUCUGUUUUGGGCAGCGAUCACAUUAUAGAAAUGAGUUCUAGUUUCUGAUCUUACUACGGGAACUAUGUCAUUUGUUUUUUUUACUUUUUUUCGCCCUACAUUUCAAGGUUUGUCCACCAUCG